AUGCCAACAUUCGAAAAGUUUGACAAGUACAAACCGGUGCCUUACGAUCACACCUACGUUCUUUAUGAUCCAAAAGACAUCAUCGCGUUGUUUUCUGUGCACUUGUCACUCCUUCCAAUAUACACCAUGGUGUUCUACACCUCUUGGUUUCUCCUCACCCGAGAAAUCGAACCGGUGAUCGUCGUUGCUGGUCACUUAGUUGGUGAAAUCACAAACAAAAUUAUCAAGCGAGUUGUACGACAACCACGUCCAGAUUUCCACAAGGACUUUGGAACGGGAUCCUACAGCUUGACAUACGGUAUGCCCUCGGCACAUUCGCAGUUUAUGGGGUUUUUUGCCAGUUAUUUUGCAUGCAUCUUCAUUUUCAAAAUCGAGUAUUUUCAACCUGUUCAAAAGGCCAUUGGCUGUGUAAUUGUGACAUUAGUAUCCAUGGGAGUGGCUGGUUCAAGGGUCUACUUGCUCUACCACACUCCUCAGCAGGUCAUUGUGGGAGUAAUGUUCGGUGCUCUCUUGGGAUUGAUCUACUUUGUUCUCAUUUCGGUCGCAAGAGACGUGGGUUUGGUAGACUGGGUACUUUCGUGGCGGGCCAUGAAGUAUUUUUACAUCAAAGACAGCUAUUUCCAUUGCUACAGCACGUUCAAAGAUGAGUAUAAUUUAUAUUUGCUGGAGAAGAACCCUCUCGCAUAG